AUCUAUGUCCGUGUCCGCAAUCGAAGACAGAUACGCAGUUUUUAAACGGUCGCUGAAUUCGUAGGCAAUAAAUCUUUAUUAUCUGUUGUUGAAUACUGCGAAGAUUUAUAGAUAACAGUUAUUGGAAUACGGCAACUUGAUUGUCUGAAUGUGAAUUUCGAUGUCAAAUAAGUGCCGUGACGCCGAAAUGUGCCGGCACUGUCUCGUCACGUUGGGAAUCACGCGAUCGAUCGCGCCACCGCUCUCCCCCCCCCCAUGGAAACAACUGAUCCGUCAUCCGGUAUCGCUGUUCCGUAGCUCGCACUGUUAACGUUCGGCUUUAAACGCGUUCGUUCUAUUUAUUACUUGUGUACGUCUUCGUGUUGUCUUCAAUACAAACAAAUAAUAAAAAGAAAAAAGAACUAUUCAUCUACGGCUUUCGUAAUCAUAUAGUCGCCGUCCGUCCGCCAUUCAUUGCCGUGUGUCCGUUACUACCAGUCCGAUACAUAAUUCGAUUUCAUGAGCGACGAAUGCAAAAUGUUUUCCGACGAAUUGACGAUCAGCGAGAAGAUAGCCUCCCGGUAUGAACUGGUCAGCUAUUCAAAGUUUGAGUCUGUGAUACCGGUGUAUAAGUACAAGUGUCGGCGUACUGGCAUGACCAUCGUGUUCGGUGACAUCGAAGGACCACUAGUACAAGGAUACUUCACUCUAGCUACUGAAGCUCAUGAUGAUGAUGGUAUACCACAUACAUUAGAACACCUAAUAUUUCUAGGAUCUGAAGAUUAUCCUUUUAAAGGAGUUCUUGAUUUAUUGGCUAAUCGCUGCCUUGCAUCUGGUACAAAUGCUUGGACAGAUGUUGAUCAUACAUGUUACACCAUUAGCACAGCUGGCAGUGAAGGUUUUCUAUCAUUACUUCCUGUUUAUCUUGAUCAUAUAUUUUAUCCUACUUUAAAGAAUGCAGGAUUUGUCACAGAAGUUCAUCAUAUAACAUAUGAUGCACAAGAUGCUGGUGUUGUAUAUUGUGAAAUGCAAGGUAGAGAAAAUAGUAGUGAUAGUAUUGUGGGAAGAAGUUUAUUACAACAUUUAUAUCCAGGAAAAUGUGGUUAUAAAUCAGAAACUGGAGGUAUUAUGAAAAAUCUACGUGAAUCAACUACAAAUGAAAAUAUUCGCAAAUAUCACCAUGCGUUUUAUCGACCUGAAAAUGUACUACUUCUUAUUAGUGGAAAAAUAGUACAUAAUACUGUAUUUGAUGCUUUAGAGCCAUUCAUACAAAAGAUUUUAUCAAAAGGUAAUCGAGGAGAUUAUAUUAGACCAUGGCAAAGUCAAGUAGAUCCAUUAACUGAAUCGUUUAAUAUUGCUAUACCUUAUCCUUCUGAUGAAGAAACUAAUGGUGUAAUUAGUAUUGGUUAUAGAGGCCCUAACGAUAUUAUUGAUUAUUUUGCUUGUGAGCUGUUGUUGAAAUACCUUACGGAUACUCCAAUAAGUCCUUUGCCCAAAGAAAUGGUUGAAAUUGAAGACCCGUUUUGUAGUGAGGUCUCAUAUUACAUGACUUCACAUAAUGAACCUACAACAUACAUAUAUUUUGAAAAUGUACCCAUAGAAAAAAUGGAUGAUAAAACAAUACCUUCAAAAUUGGACGAAGUGUUUAAUCAACUUAUGUCUUGUGAAAGUAAUUUUAAUUUAAAAAGAUUAAGAACAUUUGUUGAUAGAUCUAAACUUAAUGUGUUAAGUAGCUUAGAUAAUUGCCCUCAUGAAUCACUGUCUUCGGUAAUUAUUAAAGAUUUUUUGUAUGGAAAGGAUCUUAUUGAUCUUAAUCAAAAAUUAAAUAAAAUAAAAAUAUUAAAUCAAUUACAUGAAAAACAAUUAAUUUUUUGGAAAGAAAUAUUAGAAAAAUAUUUCAUUAAAAGCCAUAAAGUAAUUGUAAGAGGAAUGCCUUCUAUAAAAAAGCAAGAAGAACUAGCCGCUGAAGAAAAAGAAAGAGUACAAGAAAGAAAAAGGACGUUGGGCGAAGAAGGUCUAAAAAAAAAGGCAGUUGAAUUGUUAAAUGCUAAAGUAGAGUGUGAGAUUAAACCCCCAGAAAAACUAUUAACUUCACUUCAAAUACCUAAUAUUGAAUGCAUAAAAUUCUAUUCAUUUGACACUUAUUCUACAAAUUCUAAAACUCAGCAUGAACUGUUUAAAAUAACUAAUGCGCCUAUAUAUAUGGAAGUCGACAACAUAAAAAGUAACUUCGUUUAUUUUUUCACAUUUAUAAAUACAAAUAAUUUACCAUUGAAUCUUCGUAUGUAUUUACCAAUAAUGGUUGAUUUGUUAAUGGAAAGUACAGUCAUAUGUGAUGGUGUUAAAAUACACUAUACUGAUAUAAUUGCUGAAUUAGAAAAAGAUAUAGUUUCAUGGAACUCAGAAAUAGGAUCUACAUCAUCAUCUCGCUUUUUAUGUGGAACAUUUUCUUCUGUUAUUUCAAUAACUUUUCAAUUAGAACCUAAGAAGUAUGAUAAAGGAAUAAAAUGGUUACAUAAUUUUUUGUACAACGCAGAAAUAACUAAAGAAAAAUUUGGAAUUAGUUUAUCAAAAAUUAUGAAUGAAAUUUCAUGUUAUCGAAGGGAUGGUAAUCAUAUGUUAAAAGAUAUACUGCGCAAUAUAAUUUACAAAAAUAAUAGCAAUCACUAUGCAUGCAGUACACUGAGACAACAUAAAUUCUUAACCAACUUACAAAGUAAAAUUGUAUUAGAUGAAGGAUGGUCAUCUAUAAAUGAAGAUUUGAAUGCGAUGAAAACCGUUUUGACAAAUCCAAAAAAUAUAAAAAUGCAUAUAUCUGCUGAUUUGGAUAUGUUAUGUAAGACAAAACCAAACGCAUCAUUAUUAUUGGAACAAUUAGUACCAAAUAAUGUUAUUAGUUCAGAAAAAUCUUUUGAAACAGUUUUUGAUUUUGAAUACAUUUUACCAAAUGAUCAAUGUAAUGUUCGUGCAUGUGCUGUUGCUAUGGGUGCUAUUGAGUCUAGUUACUUCACACAAGUAACUGAUUGUAUCAGUGACUUUAAUCAUCCAGAUAUGGCAGCUCUAUUAGUUUUUUUACAAUAUUUUACACAGCUAGAAGGACCAAUGUGGAGAAAUAUUCGAGGACUUGGUUAUGCUUACUCUUAUAGCAUUAAUCCUAGACCUAAUGAAGCAUUGAUUUCAUUGCAUUUUUAUCGAUCAGUAAAUGUACCUGCUGCAUAUAAAGAAACUAGAGAAAUAUUAGAAAAACAUUUAAUUGAUGGUACAAUUUGGGAUCAAACACUAUUUGAAUCUGCAAAAUGUUCUAUUAUUUUUGAAAUUGUUGAAAGAGAAAAAUCAAUUGGUAGUUUAAUUACACAAUCCGUAUUAUUUCAUUUUAGAAAUCUUUCACCAAAUUAUAAUCGAGAUCUCAUUAAGAAAAUAUCUGAUGUUAAACUUGAAGAAAUGCCAACAAUUGGAAAAAAGUAUGUUAUGUCAUUAUUUGAUCCAAAACUUACAAGAACAGCAAUGGUUUGCCCACCAUCCAAAUUGGAGAAUGUAGCUGAGGAAUUUAAAAAAAUGGGUAUUGACAUGACUACAUACAAAUCAUUGGAUGAAAGUCUUCUCAACAACGAUGCUUAAGUCUUGCAUUCACUUUUAAACUUCAUUGUAUACAUAUAACAUUUCUAAUAUAAUUUUUUUUUUUUGUAGCACCAAAUAAAUACUAAAAUCUCACUAAAUGAAAUUAAGUUAAAUUUUUUAUAAAUUUAAUUGUACUGAAAGCAUUAUAUUUGAAUGAGAAUUAUAGUCGCACAACAAUAUAUAUAUAUAUAUAUAUUAGAUAUCUGAAUGGGCCUUUUUUUAUUGGUUCGAUCUGGCACAAAACUUAAAUUUACAAAACGCCCCCACUUAAGCCGAGUCUGCAAUUUUUUUUUUUUUUUUGCAGUUUAUUA